UUUCUGGGCACUUGGUACCUUCCCUUCCUCAAUAUAUAGACCCUAGAGCUCCUCUCCUGCUCCCACUCCAUACUCUCUCUUUCUCUCCAAGCCUCUCUUCCACUAUUAUCUUAGUGGGUUUAUCAGAAAUUUUAACUGAUAAAUCAUACCAACAUUGCCAUUUUUCUUCUAUUUAAUCCACAUUUCUGUGGGGGGGGGCUAGCGAAGAGUUAAAGGGUUUGUCUGUUUUUUGUUUGUUUUUGUUUUAGAAGCUUGGAAAAAGAAAAAGGAAAAUUCUCAGAUCAGAGUGUUUCUGCAUUUGUGUUUGUGUUGUGGUAUUGUCAAAAUGAAGAUUUUAAUGCUUCUGCUUAUUGGGCUUCCUUUUGCUUUGGCUGGCCAUGACUAUGGCCAAGCUCUAAGCAAAAGCAUUCUCUUCUUUGAAGCUCAGAGAUCUGGUUUCCUUCCCCACAACCAGAGAGUCACAUGGAGAGCUGAUUCUGGUUUGCAUGAUGGCAAGACUAGUGGGGUGGAUCUGGUGGGAGGGUACUAUGAUGCAGGGGACAAUGUGAAGUUUGGGCUUCCCAUGGCAUUCACCAUAACAAUGAUGUCAUGGAGCAUAAUCGAGUAUGGGAAGCAAAUUGCUGCCGGCGGUGAGCUUGGCCAUGCCAUGGAUGCUGUGAAAUGGGGCACCGACUACCUCAUUAAAGCUCACCCUGAACCUGAUGUUCUCUAUGGAGAGGUGGGAGAUGGGAACAGUGACCACUACUGCUGGCAAAGGCCGGAGGACAUGACCACCGACCGCCGAGCCUACAAGAUCGACCCGAGCAACCCCGGGUCGGAUCUCGCUGGAGAGACCGCCGCCGCCAUGGCCGCCGCCUCCGUCGUCUUCCGCUACUCCAACCCCGCCUACGCCAACGAGCUCAUCACCCACGCCCAGCAGCUGUUCGAUUUUGCGGACAAAUACAGAGGCAAAUAUGACGGCAGCAUUAGCGUGGCCCAGAAGUACUACCACUCUGUCAGUGGCUACAAUGACGAGUUGCUUUGGGCUGCUGCAUGGUUGUACCAGGCUACUAACAACCAGUACUACUUGAGCUACCUCGGCAACAAUGGUGACUCCCUUGGGGGAACCGGAUGGGGCAUGACUGAGUUUGGUUGGGAUGUCAAGUAUGCUGGUGUGCAGACACUUGUAGCCAAGUUCUUAAUGCAAGGCAAAGCUGGUCGCUAUGCACCAGUGUUUGAGAAGUACCAGCAGAAGGCAGAGUACUUCAUGUGCUCUUGCAUUGGAAAGGGCACCCGUAAUAUUCAGAAGACUCCUGGUGGCCUUAUCUUCCGCCAGAGGUGGAACAACAUGCAGUUUGUCACAAGUGCCUCCUUCCUAGCCACUGUCUACUCUGACUAUCUUUCUUCUGCUGGAAAAAACAUCAAGUGUGCUUCUGGCAAUGUCUCCCCAACUGAGCUUCUCUCCUUUGCCAAAUCACAGGUUGACUAUCUUCUCGGGGACAAUCCAAGAGCCACAAGUUACAUGGUGGGAUAUGGUAACAACUUCCCGCGACAAGUUCACCACAGGGCUUCCUCGAUUGUUUCCAUUAAGGUUGACAAAUCAUUUGUCAGCUGCCGAGGGGGUUAUGCCACUUGGUUCAGCAGUAAAGGAAGCGAUCCCAAUGUCCUUGUUGGCGCCGUUGUUGGUGGACCUGAUGCCUAUGACAACUUUGCUGAUCAAAGAGACAAUUAUGAGCAAACUGAGCCUGCUACCUACAACAACGCUCCUCUUUUUGGCAUGCUGGCACGAUUAAGUGGCGGCCACAGCGGGUAUAACCAGCUCCUUCCAGUGACUCCUCCAGCAACUAAACCUGUUGUUACCAAACCAAGUCCUGCGACUCAACCUAAACCGACUCCAGCAUCUUCUUCUGGCCCAAUUGCCAUAGAACAGAAGCUGACAUCUUCAUGGAAUGACAAGGGAAAAACUUACUACAGAUAUUCCACAAUUGUCACUAACAAGUCUUCUAAGACUCUAAAUUAUCUCAAUCUUUCAAUAUCAAAGCUUUAUGGUCCAUUGUGGGGCCUCACAAAGUCCGGUGAUUCAUAUGCUUUUCCAUCAUGGCUCAACUCCUUGCCUGCCGGAAAGAGUCUCGAGUUCGUGUACAUCCAUUCUGCUUCACCGGCAGACGUCUCGGUCUCAAGCUACACUUUGGCCUAAGAAAGGAAGAAACCAAGUCAGGUUACCACAAAGGGAGGCUCACACAGUUUCUGGGGUAGUAAUUUAAGAAUUGUGCAGUUAUACAAAAUGCAGUCCAGAAAAAGUCUUUUUUUUUUUUUUUCCUUUUCAAACUUUUCUUCUUUACUUGUUGAUUUGGGAUCUUAUUAGGGUUUUUAGAUGAAAGUAGGUAAAAAUAAGGCUGAAGGUUGGAGGAAGAAAGGUGUGAAGAGACGGUUUAAAAUGUGUGCUCAUCCUCUUUCUCCUCCACUUCAUUACUUAUAGAGUGAUUUGGGAGAGGGGCAGUGAGAGAGUGAAGAUUGAGAAGUGCAGAAAAUGACUUCUCAUCAUAUUUCAGUGAGUCUUUUUCUUUCUUUGUACUUCAAAGAAGCUUUCGGUGUUACCUUUUUUUGUUGUUGUGAUGUUGUAAGCUUUGCAACAUUUGUUGUUUGCCAUAUGAAUAUAGUUUGAGUAAUGACAUUAUCUC